CUAAUCGGGAGAAAAUUAGUCGUUAGGGACAGCCCUAGUUGUGCAGUGUACAGGAACAUAUUUCCUCCACACCCUUCUCACCUUUUUAUUCCCUGACCCAUUUUCAUGCCUGAUACUCUAUUUCUUAACCCUUAUUUGUCAGUUUUAUUUUAGUCCGUAUGCGAGCAUUUAUGAAAAUGAAUUAAAGGUUUUUCGAGACAUGCUCGGCCCAAUUUUUUUUUGUCUUCAGUUGCUAAUAAAAGGCUUUAAAGCGAGGAGAUGGAAUGCAUUUAACCGUAAGUUAAGGCACUACUGUAUUGCCAGCUAUCUUUUCUGCCUCACCACAGUGAAGGUCACUGUGGCUGACUACCUACAGUAGAUACCUGUUGAACAUUGACCAGGCCCCCAUGUUUCUUAUACUGUGUUUCACACACUGUCCGCAAUCUGUUCCAUGUCACAAUCUUCCCACAUAUUUUUGCCACUACUUGCUACGUUUAUGACUGUUUGAUCAAAUUAAUGCAGCAUAAUACUACAGCUGUGUAACAAAAACUACAUUCAAUGAUUAGACUUUUGGCAAAGAUAAUUAACCAACAUUUUUCCUCUGAUACAUCUUUUUUUUUUCUUUGGAAAUGAAAAAUGUCUUGCCCCAUGCCUUUAUAUUGUAAUUGCAAGUAGUUCCACAGAUAGGUUAUGCGUUUUUCCCCAAAUGUGACUGACACACACACACCCACGCACACACACGCUGUGCUGCCCUACAUCCUCUACAAAUAAGUUAAGCCUUUGGAGUCUGGACCUCAAAGUAUUUGGUGGUCUUACCUUGGCUGAAGACUAUACAUAUAUUUUUUGUCGUGUUUGACAAGAAGCUCCAGAUCAUAAAUUCAAAACAUUCUAAAACUCAUCGUUGGACAGCCCUAUCCCAGUAUAAGCUGGUGGAACAGUAGUGAAGCAAUAGUACAAUAAGUGUCAAAGUGCAGUUGGAAAAGUCCCCCGAAUAGCAGCAGCAUCCUCAAGCAGGAGAAAGCAUAUUCACGGGGCCAGAACUUGGAGACAAUGCAAGUCCACGUGCACACUCGAUUUUGUUUCCUUUGUGUGCUCACCUUCCUCUACCAUCAGCCAAGCCACUGUCACGGAGACGGGCACCAUCAGCAUCACCACGGUCAUCACCACACCAGCCACACUCACAAUGACUUACAGAUUUCCGAGGCUCCGUACGUCGCAAGACCUAGUCCCACCACAGAGUUCACACAUUCUGAGGAGGAUUCUUUAGAGGAAGAGCAACACUUUUACAUCCAGCAGUUGUUCAGAUGUUACGGGCAGAAGGACCGACUCGAUUUUCAAGGAUUUCAGAAUCUUCUGGUCAGCCUGGGCCUUGGCGAAGUGAAAGUGGUGGACCUAGAUCACGAUGACCUUGGGCACGACCACGUUACUCAUCUAGCCAUUCUCGAGGUGCAGGAGGGCCUUCAUACGCAGAGCGAAGGUCAUGGUCACACGCAUCAUGAUACCGGCAACCGUCAUUCGCACACGGAACAAAGUCUCACACAGUGCAGUCAGCACACCGCAAUCCCACCUGCCAGUGCGACGAGAGAACAUCCAAGCAAACACCACGGGGAUCACAUUCACGUGCACAAAGAGCAUAGUCAUGAUCAUGAUGAUAAGGAUGACGGUGAACAUCUUGAACAUGACCAAAUGAGCAUAGAUAUGGCUUCCAUUAACCCGGAGCGUCCCUCUUCUGUCCAAAUGCACCAGCCCCGUGACCAUCAGGACCUGGGGUCUUCUCCUGCCCCCACGGAUGCCAAGUCCAAGAAACCAAGAAAACCAGGAAGGGUGCGAGGACAUCGGGGGCAAAACAAAACCCUGUCAACCCCUGCAUCAACGUCUGAUAAUCAUAAGCAUGAGGUCGAUCACGAUCACGGUCACGGUCAUUCUCAUAAACACAAACGAGAAGCACCGGGUGGAUCCAACACUGCCACAAUUCCUGGCCCUGUUCUUUAUGGACAUGUGCGUGGCUUGUCUCAUCAGCAUGAGCAAUGUUUGAACCUGACCCAGCUCCUCAACUACUAUGGACUGAGUCCCGAUUCCCUCAUCUCUCAGAGUCAGUUCACCUAUCUGUGCCCCGCCCUGCUGUACCAGAUAGACAGACGAUUGUGCGUUCGCCAUUCCUGCCAGAUGGAUGCAAAGAAUGCCAGUUCCGAAUGCAUUUUUAAGAAGAGAAGUCCCUCGAAUAACAGCAUCGGAACUAAGGUCCUCAAGCAGGAGAAAGCAUAUUCACUGUGGACAUGGAUUUGGGGCUUCGUGUCUAUCACCAUCAUCAGCCUGCUGUCCCUCCUGGGAGUGGUUUUGGUGCCCAUUCUUAAGCAGGCUUGUUUCAAGUUCCUGCUCACGUUCCUGGUUGCCCUGGCUGUAGGCACGCUCAGCGGAGACGCUCUCCUUCACUUGCUGCCUCAUUCUCAAGGGCAGCACGACCACGACCAUGGUCACGAGAGCCAUGGCACUGAUGGAGUGUGGAAGGGUCUGACGGCGUUGGUCGGCAUUUACCUUCUCUUCAUUUUUGAGCAUUGUAUUGGCAUGUUUAAGCACUACAAGGAUCAAAAGGCGGCAAAUGAUGCAGACGAAGAGGGCAAAAUUGGCAGGAAGUUGUCAGAUCACAAACUAAAUCGGCGCUCCGAUGCCGAAUGGGUGCACCUAAAGGCACUUGGUGAUGACCCCGACAGCAGUGCCGUCUCCUGCGACAACGACCACAAUGACACACAAUUUACUGAGCUCCAGCCGCCAGACUCCCCCACUAACAAGACGCCACUGAAACCUGCCGGCCCUCAUCAGUUGCCUGUUAAAGUCAACGGACACAAGACCAAGCACCACAGUCACGGUCACGGGCACUCCCACGGAGCCAAUUGCCACUCGGAUCAGGAGAUGAAGGACGCCGGAAUAGCCAGUAUUGCGUGGAUGGUCAUCAUGGGUGAUGGCAUGCAUAACUUCAGCGAUGGGCUGGCCAUAGGUGCAGCGUUCAGCGCAGACCUCACGGGAGGCAUCAGUACUUCCGUGGCUGUUUUCUGCCACGAACUACCUCAUGAACUCGGUGACUUUGCUGUGCUGCUGAAGGCGGGCAUGACUGUGAAACAGGCCAUUGUGUACAAUCUGCUGUCAGCUCUCAUGGCCUACGUGGGCAUGCUAAUCGGCACGGCUGUGGGCCAGUACACUCACAAUGUCACCAACUGGAUCUUUGCCAUCACAGCCGGCAUGUUCCUCUACGUGGCUCUCGUGGAUAUGCUCCCAGAGAUGCUCCACGGCGACAGCGAGGAUCACAAGCGCUGCCAGCUAGGACAUUUUCUCCUGCAGAACCUGGGCAUGCUGACUGGGUUUGGUAUCAUGCUGCUCAUCGCCAUCUUCGAGGACCGUAUAGUCUUCGACUUUGGCUUUUAAUUCCACGCCGACAGGAAGGUGGAGCGUGGAGCUUUUUCAGUAUUCUCCUUCUUAGGAGUCUCGUUCAUCACCCGAACAGCAUUUGUCAUGUUUACACUGUGCCCCCUUUUCCCCUCCCCUUCAAAUUCGUCAUCCGUCAAAGCAUUACCCCUGGAAAGCACAACUGAGCCACCAACUGGGGUUGGGAUAAAGCGUUUAGCUCCUCUGAAACUUGUUUUGGCAGCUCUUAAGCUGCCGUGUCAAAACGAGCAUGGAAAUUGUCCCUUUCGGGGGCUUCGACAUGCCUGAAAACACAAAAUGUUUGUCCCUUUCGCAUGUAUCCUGCUGAAAAUGUCCAGAAGACCUACAUUAGUGCCCCUUGUAACAUUUUGGACAAAGACCAUGUUCAGUCUAAUCUGUUUGUUGGCGUGAACGUGUACUUUUGAUUUUUUUUUUUUUUUUUUUUUU